AUCAUAAAGUGGGUCCAAGUGUGGCUUUUACCUUUGUUGUAAUCUAGUUGUACAAGGAAGCCAGAACUAGCUGUGUCUAGAUUCUUAAACAGGAUUGAGAAGCAGAAGCAGAAGCAGAAGCCAGGUAGUUAAAAGAAGAGAAAUAGUAAGGAGAAAUAGAAAGUAGGAGACAUGGAGAGCCAAGAACAGCAACCUAAGUCAAGAGUUAUAAAGGUGGAGUCAGUGGAGUCAUGGGAUUUCUAUAUCACCCAAGCCACCAAUCAAGCCUGCCCUAUCGUUGUUCACUUCACAGCUUUAUGGUGUAUGCCAUCAGUGGCCAUGAACCCAGUUUUUGAAGAACUGGCCUCAGCUUAUCCAGAUGGCCUGUUUCUCAUUGUUGACGUGGAUGAGGUUAAGGAGGUAGCUACCAAAAUGGAGGUGAAGGCCAUGCCAACAUUUGUGCUGAUGAAGGAUAGUGCUCAAGUUGACAAGAUAGUGGGUGCAAAUCCAGAAGAGAUAAGGAAAAGGAUUGAUGGUUUUAUGCAGUCCAUUCGUGCGUAUAAUGCAUAGCCUCUGUGAUCUUUAUACUUUGCUUCCUGAACCUGUAAAAUGUGUGGUUGUUGUUGUGGUACAGUUUUUUCCAGUGACUUUGGCUUGUAAGUGUGAUUACAUUCUUAAUUGUGUAAUUAAAACUGGUUUUUCCUUUUGGUUUACCUCCUAAUUACCUUGUGUACUACUAAA